AAUACAAUUUACCAAAUAUUUUUUUAUAAUGUAAAAGAAAUGGUGUAUGUAAAUAUUAUACAAGUAGAACUAUCGUAUGGAUGAUUUUACUUUCAAACGAAGUGAUGAGUGCAUUACAUACACCUGUUUCAUACACCAGUGGGUCGUCCUCAGAAUUAAGUGAAACAGCAAGCACAGAAGAAAACAAGCCAAGGGAUAACAAAGGAACAUCAAGUGUUACAUCACCCAUUAACAGCUCAGUUAGCAGAAUACCAACUAUCUGGAAACGAAUGAGGGAUUCUACUCAUGACAAAGACGCGGAGUCUAAACGCCCUCCUUGGCGAGCAGUAAGCAUUUCAACACUGCCUAAACCAGACAAAAAUGCUUUGUUACGCGCCAAACUGCUAGAUGCUUCAAGACGUUUAAGAGCAACUAAGAUUGCCGUUGGUGUUCAGACGGACAUUGUUCCAUCUAAACUAAUGAAGGAUGUUGCUUUAGGUCCUCAGACAAAUCUUAUUCUAUUGAAGGAUUUUGGCGUCUUAACUGACGGAUCUUACACUAAAAGACGAGAUGGCACCACGGAAUAUAUACUGACUUAUUCUGUGGCUCAAAUGACGGAUUCUGUAAAGAGGGAGACAGUAUCGACUCAAACAUUAAUUCCCCGGUUAUCUGGAGAUGCCUUUCUUGAAGCUUGCUCGCUUCCCGUUCCUCUUGACCAAUUAGCAUGGUCGCAGUGCACCCCUACAGAAAAAAUUCUUUUAAAAAAGUUUAUAAAUAUGCGUGAUUACUUCAUUCCUGUAACUGCGCAUUUUAAAGAGAAGAACAUGCAUUCAAAAAGGACCGAUAAUGAUCUGCAUGCAGCCACGGUAACGAUAAAGUAUCCUAACCAAACGUUGGGUUGCAACACAUAUAGUCCAAAUAAGUUGUAUCACACGGAAUUUUCUUGGAAUUUCGAAUACGAUUCAGACUAUAUCGAAUAUGCAAAACAGUUAUCUUCAUAUACCACGAAAAACAAUGCACAUAAGAGUUCACUUGCACCAUGUGGUGAACAAAACUCUUCUAGUUUAAGGUACCUUUCACAAUUUCUUGAUGAUUUGAUUGAUGAAACAAUUACAUUGGCAGACUUAAUACAGUUGAAAACGCUGCAAUCAAAAAUUAAUUCUUGGGGCGACCUGCAUGUAAGGGAGGAGAAUGUUAAGAAAGAAGAAGCGAAUUCCAUAAACAAUAAACUGCCUUCCAAACAUUGGGUACCAAUUAUUGACAAACAGGAAGAGGUAUUAGCAAAUUUAAAAACGAUAAAAUUGAAAAAUAUGCACACAAAAAAAUAAUUUUUUUAUUUUUAAACGAACAAACAUCUUAU